AUGACAAACGUAAACGAUAACCAAUUCCUCAAUGAGACAUGGUUGAUAGAUCAAAAAAUUGACAACAUUACAAAAAACGUUAUUUCCAUCCGGGAAAUCCAAACGAGAAUCAAUGUAGCUGUUGCUACCGCUCAAGAAUCUACUCUAUCACAAGAACGGAACCAGCUUAUGUACAAUACAAAAAAUUUAUUGCUCGAAACGAAGGAAAGUAUUAAGAAACUCACAGCUAACAACAAAAGACUUGAAAGGGACAAUCCCGACCAUCCGGAAAUAAGUGUUCGCACACAACGCCAAGAACAUGUCAAGGAAAAAUUCACCAAAGCAUUGGAGAUUUAUAGAGAAGUUGAAACUGAUUUUAUGACAAAACAGAAGGAGCGGAUGGCCCGACAAUAUAAAGUGGUAAAUCCGGGAGCCACACAGACCGAAAUUGAUACUUACCUUAGGAAUCCAUCUGACCAACCAGUGUUCGCUACUGCAUUGUUGAGAACGGGGGAAGCUAAGGAUGCGUUAGAAGAAGUACAAAGACGACAUAAUGAUAUUAAACAAAUCGAGCAGACCAUUGCAGAGUUGGCUGGAUUAUUCAAUGAGUUGAAGCUGCAAGUUGAGAUUCAGGAUGAGACGAUGAUCAACAUUGAUAAUAGGGUGGCGGAUACUGAUGAGAAGAUGGAUCAUUCUAACAAGGAGCUAGAAAAAGCGACUGCAAAAGCUAUUUCUUCCAGGAGGAAAAAGUG